GUAGCGACCUAGUUCUUGACUCCAGGUAAUCGACAUAUUGUUUUUACGUUACAGUUACAGUGUUGCGAAACACCCGUUUAUUUACAUUUUGAAAUAUUUAAAGAGCGGAUUAGAAGAAGAUAUGGAGAAAGGAUCACCAUACCCUGCACAACAACCCCCACCCCCUCAGUACAAUCAACCUCCACCAGCCUAUGCACCUCCCGGUCAACAGACCGCAGCCACCGUUGUAAUACAACAACCACAUGUAUUGCUUCGCCAGACAUUCCGGGAAGUACCAGUACGACUGAAUUGUCAGUCAUGUCAAGCGGACAUCAUGACAGCAACCAAUUAUGAAACUGGAAUGUUAACCUGGAUGGCGGUCGGCAUUAUCUGCCUGUUUGGAGGGUGGCUCGGAUGUUGUCUGAUUCCAUUUUGUAUUGACGCCUGCAAGGAUGUCGUCCAUACUUGUCCAAACUGUAAACAAAUGGUGGGGAAGUACAACAGAUUGUCGUAGAGACAGUAGAACCGGAAGUGGCUGGAGAAAGUUUUAAUGAAAGUUUCAACAAUGUUUUAACAAUGUUUCGUAUUGAUGUUAGUUUAAACCUACAUAUGCAAUUAUUUUAUUAACACAUUUUAUUUUAAGGGCAUAAAGAUGAUUAUGGAAAUACUGCAAGACAGUCUGAAAAUUUCAACUUUGAGAAUAUAAACUAGACGAAUUAGUUUAACCAUCAACAUACAGACAUAUGAAAAAUAUCACUCCUUAUUGUUCUUUGAACUAAGUUUUUCAUUCUAUUAGUUGUAAACUUUUCAUACUUUGGAAAAAUAUCCUUGACAAGUUGAAGUAACUCCAGCAAAACGGCAAGAUUUUUUGGAAGUUAUACUCGGACGCCUAUUUUUUUAACAUUUGUUGUUAACCUUUUUUGCCUUAUAACUAAUGUGCAAUUAAAUGUUAUAUACAUUAUAUAAUUCAUUGUUCACUUUAAUCUCAUUUUGAAUGUCCCAUUCUAUUCAAUGAUCCAGAAAUAUUACUAGAACGCCAUAAGGAUGAGGUUUUGUGUUGAUGUACUGAAACCAGAUAAACGUUCAAUAAAAUGAUACCAGUAUUUGUGUGGUUCAAAUUGCUUGAAAUUUUCAAAUUUUUGUUAACAUCUCAAGGAAAAUAUUUCUCGAAAUUUGAUUUAUAUACUAUCUGAGCAAAAUCUGUUUUAGUAAAAAAAAAUAUUAUUUUAGUCAAAACGGGGAUCUGGUGAAUUAUAACUGAAACAGAAAUGAAAAAUUUCAUUUUCAAAUUCUCUUCCCAUUUUAUAAAUAUAAUUUCUUAUAACCUACUUUUAAUCAAAUUUAUAAUUCUAUUUUUAAAUUAUACAAUGGUUGGAUGUUGAAAUAUACUAUAGUAAGUGCCUUGAAACUAUAUUUGUUUUGUUGUCAAGCCUUUUAUCAUUUAUUUUUAUCUUUCAUUUUCUUUUAUUAUUGUGUAAGUUAUCUGAUUAGUUUUAUUGUUUUAUGUUUUUACUGUUUAUUAAAAAAUAUAUGUGAUUAUAAUAAAGUAUUUUAUCAUCUU